UUACAACUUAUUAACUUUAAUAUUGCAAUAUAAAUGAUUAUUUUUGUUUUGUAAAGUUCAAGACAUGGAACAAACGGAAACUCUAACCUCUAAACAAAUCAUCAAUGAAAAUGUGGACAACAAUGAAUUAGAGAUUGAAGAGCCUGGUAUAUUAUCCAUGGCCUCAACUUCCAAAUUACCGUUUAUUUUAACAGGAGAAUUUUUUGAAGUGACGACAAACUCUACUGAUCAGAAAAUAAUAGCGCAGUGCAAAAAUUGUCCUAAAACUAUAAGUGGUUCAAAAACUUCUACAGGAAAUUUUGUCAGUCAUUAUAAUAGAAUACAUCCUCAUUUAAUAAAUCAAAUAAAAUUUAAAAGAUUAGAAAACAAGAAGUGUAGAACAGAUAUAAGGCAACAAAGUAUUAUACCAAUGAUGCAAAAUAGAUUACUCAUUACAGCAAACAAGGUACACAAUUUAAUUUUAACUUAUUUAAUUGAAGAGAUGCGACCUCUAAAUACUAUCAACAAACCGUCAUUCAGAAACUUAAUCUGUGGAUUGAUAAGUAGCAAUGAACCUGAAAAAAUUCUACCUGGAAGAAAAGCUCUAUCUACUGAAAUUAAUAACGCCUACAAAGAAAAAAAAACGAACUUAAAAGAAUUAUUACAAAAGCAAGCGUAUAUUUGUUUAACUGCUGAUAUUUGGUCGUGUCGCAACAAAAGUUAUUUAGGAAUGACCGUUCAUUUUAUUUUAGAGACAUUUGAAAGAAAGUCUUAUACAUUAGCUUGUAAGAGAAUACUUUAUAAUCAUACUUACGAAAAUAUUGCGUUAGUUAUAUAGUAUGCAUCACAUAUUAACAGAAUUCAAUUUAGAUAUAUCUAAAGUUACUCACGUAGUUACUGAUAAUGCUACAAAUUUUGGUAAAACUUUUAGAUGCUUUGGUGUUACCAA